AAUUGGAAGUGCAUCGCAAUCGCUUUGUGUACUCCUCGCAUUGGCGCCUGAUCUCACUUCUUUACUUCUUGUUCACUUCGCAAGUCAAUUACAGAUUAUGGCUUCUUCCGGGUCAUCUCCUUUGUCUUGCAUCAAAGAUGAUCGGAAACGUCGAGAUAUUAGCUCACAUAUCAGCUCCGACAACUCGGAAGCAAGAUGACCAAUACCGGGCUGAGGCUCUUGCGUAUCUUGCAUUCGAACCUCAUAAUCCAAAAGAGUUAGGGUCGAAAGAGCUAGGCAGUGAACCCGGAGCACGUUCUUUGGGAACCAUCAUGCCAAGUGAAUUCACUCUGGAGGGCCCAUCAGUUAUCGAAGUACAGACACAGCACGCACCAUUGUCUCGACCUACUGGAAGCCCUAAGAAAAAAGAGAUGCUACUCGAGCGAAAGCUUACCGAAUCUAAUGGUAGCUUUUCUACUGGGAUCCUCUCGUUCGAAGGUCGCGGCCAGCCUGUAUCCGAGAAAAGUCACUCCCGAAUCAGCACGGACGGCGCUAUCGCCGACCCAGCCAAUAGUCUCAGAGCUGUCGGUGCAUUUAGUCCGCGAGAGAGUAAUGUUGAUUGGACUCUCCACAGUACUCGGACGGCAGUUUCAGCCUUCGAAACUCAACUCAUUGCCCCAUACUCGUCAUCCGAACCUGGGGAUCUCAAUCAAUUGAUACCGAAAAGCCUGAACCACCCUCCUGCCUUAUUUCGACAUGGUUCGCCAUCACCGGAAAGUAACCAAUCAAAUAUAUACAGUCAUGGCCAUGCCAGUAAACCAGCCAAUAUCAAUCACCUGGGUCCAGAUGGCACGAAGCAAGUCAACUUUCGCACACUAGUUACCGAGGACGAGGUCUUACGCUUUGUGUCCAUCUCCACUUCGGAAGACAGCUCUAGCCCAGCGCGAGAGAUCCAAGUCAGCAUCGGUAUAGGCUUAGGCGUGGGCCAGUCACGUGCAAGGAGGGCUACAGGCCCUAAACCGAGACCACAAGAUGCGUCAAGCGUGAAGAGUCCAAAUUCAAUUCGCCCGUCUAUUGAAGAUCGCUCGUAUCGAGGGAUACACAGAAUGAAUAUAAGCACAUCGGAAGAGAACUAUACGUUUACGUCUCUACCCUUUGAAAUCUUUCCCCCAUCCGCGGAAGUAUCUACAACCAAGUCCGCUAAGUGGCCGUCUCAGAGCACCCCAUUACUGGAUAGUAUGAAGUCUAACGAAGGGAACAUUGGACGAUACAAACCAAAGAAGAGUAUGAGACGCCUUGAACUGGAUGAGCGAGGAUUUUGGAGAGUUGAAACUGCUCGUUGGCCACGGCAGAUUCAAUAUCGAUUUUGGUCGAGUUUGGCGAAGUGCAUCCAAAAGGGCGAUUUUGGUUGGGGAAUAACAAUGCAUCGAGAGACUCUGGCAUUGGAAGACGGAUCAAUAGACGAUGACGAGCUUGGAUUGGUGCGCUUAUAUUGCUGGGGAGAGCUGGUAGAGCAUAUAUAUCUAUUUCUUUGGUUAUACAGCGCUGGAAGGGCAGCCAACGCUGGCUUACAGUGGAUCGAUGCUGACAACAUUGUCGUUGUUCAGAUGCCCUGACAAUCUUACUAUCCUUAACAUUCACUUCUUUAAACUUAGCCUUACCAGUUGAUCUAGACCUUGUCGUUUGGGCUGAGCUGUGAAAUGCAACGUUCCUUCGAUGGCUUCUUAAAUACGCAAUUCACCUGCUCCAGGGAUUAGUUCGGCC